AUGGAUGCAGCUGUGAUGGCCAGAACAAGCAGCAGCUUCAGCCGCACCUGCAUCAGGAGUAGAUGGGAGCUUCUGGCCAAGAUUAAGAGCUGCUACGGGCGGGUGAAGCUCCGGGCCGUCUUUGACGAGGGCUUGUGCUUCGGGCUUCUAGACCCUGUCUCCAACAUCGUCGCCGGUGUCAUCAUCGCCGGCGCCGUGAGAAUCGACCCUGACCCCAUUAUAUCUUUCCCAAGGCAGACAAGACCAGAUCCGAUCGAGGACAUGAACCAGCGGUCGCUCAACGGCCUCGUCGCCUUCCUGGCCGCCCUCUUCCCCUACCUCACCCAAGCAAAGGCUAUGUGGUAUCUCAACAAAGCCGAGUUGGAUCCCCUCGUUGCCGCCCGCCUCAUCAUCCAGCAUCGCGGGAUGGAGCAGAGUUUCGGGUUUUCAUCCGACACCGCCGUCGCAGCCGUUGAAGCGGCCCUCAGAUGUGCCGCAGCCGCCGCUCAGCACCCGUGCCCGAAGCAGUUCGUGGCAGGGUGGAAGAUACUCUCACAUUCUCUGGAUGAGGUCGCCACCCUGCUAUCAGGCACCUGCGUGACUGUCGAUCCCUUCAUCACAGAUAUUCUGCUCAAUAAACCCCAGCCAUCGAUUUUCAGCCUAGACAAGUCAUGGGAUUUUGCCUCUUGUCGCCUCCUCAAUCUCAGUCCAGAUCUCUUAGGGGGGGGGGGAGGUGAAACAAUUUUCUGAGCGGUCAACUUUGAGGUGCAUGCUGCUCACAACCAUCC